UUGGUCUGCUGUGCUUCAUCCUCUUCUCCUCUGAUUACUACUGAAAAUAGUCCCUCUCAAUUACUCCUUGCUACUACUAACAGGCUAUCCCCAUAUGCCCCAUACCCCAUAUACCCCAUACAUGACUUACCUACUCACUACAGGCAUCACUACAGGCAUCUACAUAUGGGGCCAGACACGUACUCAUCACGCACAUUGUGCUCCACGUCGCUUCAUCGAUGAUAAUGUCUAUUGGCGGACCUUUCGGACCAAUAUAUGCAGAGUUGCCUUUGAGCUAUCCUGCCGAAGCUACCUAGUGCAUCCGUGUUACCUAAUGAGAAUCCCGUCAUCUGUUUCCCAGCUUCACCACAAAAGCAAACAUCAAAAAACGGCCACUGGCAUCCUUCGUCGUCUGGUAGAGUCAGUCUGGAACCGCGUGCUACCUUGGAGGAUCCCCAUCAUGAAGAAUCCGCUGCCGAUUGAUCUGUUUCGACGUCCACAGUUUGUCACAGAUAUCCCUCCCCCCCGCCGUCCUAAUACCACCAAAAACCCCCGCCUCCCAGUUUGCAUUGCGACGCCAAUAACGACAUAUUUGUCUAUGCUUCCAACAUGUACUUGCCUAGGCAAGGUGUUUCCCCUUCUCAGAUCCUUUGUGUAAGUAAGGUGCGUCUCAUGCACACAAAAGACUGCGUAAAUCCGAAGCUGGAAACCCGAGUGUGAAUAAUAUCCGUAACAAGCCUGAUAUGAUAUGUGGCCGAAUCCUAUGUGAACAAAACGCCGCGUUGGUUGUUGAAAUGAGCAUGAUGCCGCAUGCUUUUAGGAACUAAAGAAGAAGAGAGACG